AUGACUCAAAGCACUUUCGUUGGCGAUGCUGGUUUUAAGAAGUCUAGUACCGAGAAAGAUGACAGAGCAAUUGCUCACAAACUCCUUAUUGAGCUCCUAUCGUACCAGCUCUCACUUCCAGUACGAUGGAUUGAAACCCAAAAGUAUUUGUUCAACGCCCCUGAAUCUGUGAACAAAUAUGUCGAGAUCGGCGCCAAAACAACGCUGGCUACCAUGGCCAAACGUAUGGCAGACCGACAACCAGCGGCGGAGCAACUAUCAAAGUCUAUGGAUAUACUUUCAUACAGCGACCAGAAGGCAGAUCUGUACUACGAAUAUAGCCCCGAGGCAGAGAUACAGCUACAAACGUCGACGUCCUUAGAACCCCAAAAUGUUACAAGCGAAGCUACCAACACGACUAUAUCAAAUUCUGCCGUAGCUCCUGCAAAAGUUUCUCCAUCUAUAGCUCCAACUCCUGCCAGCUCUGCUGAUGCUAAAAUUUCGACUUUUCCCAAGGGCACAACAGAUAAUAUCCCUAAUAUCUCGGCGACUCAUAUUGUUAUAGCACUUACAGCUCAGAAGGUUAAAAAGCCCUUUGAGGCUUUGCCAAUACAAAAGUCUAUUCAAGAACUUUCUGGCGGUAAAUCAACCCUUCAAAAUGAAUUGAUGGGCGAUCUCGUCGUUGAAUUUGUUUCUGUUCCAAAUGGUGGUGAAUAUAUGCCGUUGGAAACAUUGGGUGAAACCCUGCAACAGGGCUUCAGCGGAAAGCCCGGUAAACAAAUGUCCACUUUGAUAUCCAAACUCAUAUCGAGGAAAAUGCCAGGCGGUUUCAAUCAAUCAAUGAUGCAGAAUCACAUUGAAUCACAUUGGGGCUUGAACAAGGGACAGUCAAUUGUUCCAAUCUGUCUUGCAGUUACCAUGGAGCCACCUGCCCGUCUGGAACAUGUGGAAAACGCUAAACAGUUCUUGGACGAUGUUGUGACUCGAUUUGCGUUGUUUUCUGGAACAUCACUGUCUCCUAGAGCAACCGGUGAUGGAGGUGCAAGUGACAGCCAGUCCACUGUCAUGGUCGACUCUGCAGCUCUAGACAAUCUUCGAAAAGAGCAGCGGGACUUCCAAAUGAAAGAAUUCAAACUUCUCGCCAAGCACCUUCAAAUGGAAGCUUCAGGCAAAGCUAUAGAAGAAAAGCUAAGCCGCUGGAGCGCUGAGUUUGACGACAAUUUCUUCGACGGUAUUGGCUCUCUGUUUGAUCCAAGAAAGGCCAGACAGUACGAUUCGUCUUGGAACUGGAUUCGAGAAGAAACCGUUCGACUCUUCAAUAAGCUCGCUCUUGGUCAUAUAGAUUCCGAGGAUCAGGGUCUCCAAAUGCUAGCCCGGAAAUGGGACGACAGUUGUGUUGAGAUUGCACAAGACUUCCUCCGGAAUAUAGCUAGUUCAAAACGUGAAAUUCCGAUCAAAAUUCAGGGAAUUAUUCAAUUGAACUCGUCAUUUGUGACUACUCAACCAGUUUACCGCUACUCCGGCCGAACUAUGACACCCCUAACAUAUGUGUCUUCCACUACGGGCAACAUUGAAUACAAGGAGCUCCCACGGGACGUUUCUGAAUAUGUUGCCUUUUUAAAGAAAGGUCGCAGGACGGUCCACGGUGAAGACGUACCUUACGUGCAUCUCCGAAAGCGACAGGCUGGCAAUGGCGAAUUCAGAUAUGACACGUCGUUGACAAAGAUUUUCAUAGAGAUGUUAGAAGCUGGGGCCAGCUCUGGGCUCACAUUUUCUGGCAAAACAUUUCUAGUGACCGGCGCUGGACCCAAGUCAAUCGGAGCUGGCGUGGUCGAGGGGCUGUUGAACGGUGGCGCCAAAGUAAUAGUUACUACAAGUCGCGAUAUGUCCAACGGAGCUGACUUCUUCGCCAAUAUGUAUCGUGCACAUGGCGCACAAGGUUCAUCUUUGAGCGUUAUUCCGUUUAAUCAAGCCAGCAGGAAGGACUGUGAAGAACUAGUUGAAUACAUCUAUGGAGCCAAUUCUCCCGUUGGGGGUGAUAUUGACUAUAUCGUUCCUUUUGGCGCUAUUCCCGAGAAAGAUGAUAUCAGCAAAUUGGACAGCAUGACCGAACUCGCUCAUCGCGCAAUGCUUACCAACAUCCUGCGUAUCAUCGGACUCGUAUAUAAAACUAAAAGAGACCGUCGUAUUGAUUCCAGACCGACUAAUGUUGUUAUUCCCUUGUCAUUUAAUCAAGGUGGCUUCGGCGGUGACGGUCUAUACCCAGAGUCUAAGUUGGGCUUGGAGACUCUGUUUAACCGAUUCUAUUCUGGCAACUGGCAAGAGUAUCUCACAAUUACCGGGGCUGUUAUCGGUUGGGUUCGCGAGACCAGUUUAUCACAAGCUCUAAGUUUGGUGGGCUACGCAAUUGAACAGAUUCCUGGACUCAACGUCUGCACGUUCUCUAGGGCGGAGAUGGCUUUCAACAUCCUCGCGUUGAUGACUCCUGAAGUUACGGAGAUGGCAGAAGAUCAUCCUGUCUAUGCCGAUCUGACCGGUGGUGCCAAGGAAAUCACCAACAUCAAAGACAUCAUGUCAGACUCGAGAUCUAAGUUUACUACUGAGAGCAAUAUUCGGAGAGAGCUACUUGCGGAAAAGUCAAGGGAGCAAACUGUUCUUCGUGGUAGCGCGUCUCAUAUCGAAACAGACAAAAGAACUAUUUCCCGCAUUCGACGUGCAAACUUGAAUCUUCAAUUCCCAACAUUGCCUGAUCAUUCUGACUUGACUGCUGAUGUAGCGGAGUUGGAAGGCAUGAUUGACCUCUCACGGACGGCUGUCGUAGUCGGAUAUUCCGAGCUCGGUCCAUGGGGCAAUGCACGAACACGAUGGGAUGCGGAGCUUCGAGGAGAUUUCACUCUUGAGGGUUACGUGGAAAUGGCUUGGAUUCUAGGCUUGGUCAAGCAUCAUAAAGGGCAGAUCAAUGACCAGGUUUACGUUGGCUGGGUCGAUGCGAAGACGAAAGAACCUGUCCGUGAGGACAAAUUCAAGGAGUUAUAUGGAGAUCAUAUCAUGAAGCACUCCGGCAUUCGUUUCAUUGAGCCUGAGUUAUUAGGUGGCUACGACCCAUCCAAAAAGGAGUUUAUGCAAGAGAUUGUGGUAGAGGACGAUCUUCCUCCGUUUGAAACUUCUAAAUCCAGCGCGGACGCCUUCAAGCUUCGUUUAGGCGAAAAGGUCUCUGUGCAACCUGUGCAGGAGUCAGAGGAAUGGCAAGUGACUGUUCGAAAAGGAGCUCAUUUUAUGUUACCCAAGUCAGUACGUUUUGACAGGGCUGCGGCUGGUCUCCUACCCACCGGAUGGGAUCCUCUUCGAUACGGUAUCCCAGAGGAUAUUGUGCAACAGGUUGACCCCGUCACCUUAUAUACUCUUUGCUGUGUGUCAGAGGCUCUUCUUUCAGCUGGUAUCACUGACCCAUACGAGUUCUACAACCACAUUCAUGUUUCCGAAUUAGCUAACUGCAUUGGCACCGGUGCGGGUGCAAUGUUAGCCAGUCGUGGGCUAUACAGGGAUCGCUUCCUUGAUCGCCCUGUGCAAAGCGACAUUUUAUCUGAAUCUUUCCUAAACACUACUUCUGCCUGGGUCAACAUGCUUCUCUUCUCAUCAUCUGGGCCGAUAAAAACACCCGUUGGAGCUUGUGCAACUUCUAUUGAAUCCCUGGAGAUGGGUUGUGAGGCAAUCAAGGCUGGAAAAUCCAAAGUUGCUAUUGUCGGAGGGUACGACGACUUUCAAGAGGAAGCAUCGUAUGAAUUUGCUAUGAUGAAAGCCACAGUUAGCAGCGAAGAAGAGCUUGCCAGGGGUCGACGGCCAGCAGAGAUGUCACGACCCAGCACUACAUCGCGUGCUGGCUUUGUAGAAUCCGCUGGUUGUGGAGUGCAAAUUGUCAUGAAUGCUGAACUCGCAAUAAGAAUGGGUCUGCCGAUUUACGCCGUAGUCGCGUACUCCCAAAUUGCGGCAGACCAGAACGGCCGUUCUAUUCCAGCCCCUGGCCAGGGUAUCCUGACUGCUGCCCGAGAAUUUCCAAACCGUCAUGAAUCAAAGUUGUUGGAUCUGAGCCACCGACGAAAACUCUUUUAUGACGACAUUGCUAAUAUUGACAAGUGGUGGCACGAGAAGAGCCAAACUGCUGAGCACUGCGAUAUUAGUCUAGACGAGAUUCAAGCUGCUGCCCGCAGCAAGAUCAAGCAAGCACAGUACAUGUGGGGAAAUGAUAUCCGAUCUCAAGACCCGCUUAUUUCACCUAUCCGAGCAGCUUUGGCAACAUGGGGAUUGACUGUGGAUGAUAUCCAGGUAGCAUCCAUGCAUGGAACGUCAACCAAGGCGAAUGACACAAAUGAGGCACAGGUUAUCAACGACCAAAUGAAGCAUCUCGGACGUCGUCUAGGCAAUCCUCUUCUAGCAGUGUGUCAAAAGUCUCUCACGGGACAUCCCAAGGGUGCAGCAGGUGCAUGGCAAAUGAAUGGUUGCAUCCAGAUGCUGCAGAACAGGGUUGUGCCUGGUAACCGAAACGCGGAUAAUAUUGAAAUCAAACUCAAGCAGAACAAAUACAUUGUCUACCCCAAGGAGGCAAUUCAUAUUCUAGACGUCAAAGCCACGAUGCUUACUUCAUUCGGAUUUGGGCAAAAGGGAGGAUUGGUUCUUGCUGUUGCGCCCAAGUAUCUGUUUGGCUCGGUAGCCGCUGAGACAUACGAAGAGUAUCGCAGGAGGGCAAUCAAGCGACAACGUACUGCUAAUACUGCAUUUAUUUCUGGUGUUCUGGGUAACUCUCUGGUCAGGCUUAAAGAUCAAUCGCCAUGGGGAAAAUCAGAUGACAAGAUGCGCAAAGUCUUCCUUGAUCCGACAUCCACUACCUUUUAA